UAAAACUGUACAUUGCGUCGGCCUCUCAAGUUCCACCAACGUUGACGAACCCUAGGAAGACGAACCCAACCCAAGUAUUACCUUCGACGAGACCAACUGGGGGGAUACGACCGCCCUUGUCGUCUCGUCUCGUCGCCGCCUUUCUUUUCUUUCUCGUCGAGGAGAUGUUCCUGGUGGACUGGUUGUAUGGGAUCCUCUGGAUGCUUGGACUGGGGGCCAAGGAGGCCAAGAUCCUGUUCUUGGGCCUCGACAACGCCGGGAAGACCACCCUGCUCCACAUGCUCAAAGAUGAGAGGUUGGGGCAGCACCAGCCGACGCAGCACCCUACGUCGGAGGAGCUGAUGAUUGGGAAGAUCAGGUUCACUGCCUUCGACUUAGGUGGUCACCGGAUGGCUCGCAGGCUGUGGAAGGACUACUACACAAAGAUGGAUGCGGUUGCCUACAUCGUUGACGCAGCCGACAGGGACCGGUUCUUGGAGUCCAAGAAGGAGCUGGAUGCGCUGCUUUCCGACGAGGCUCUCGUUAACGUUCCCUUCCUGGUGCUCGGGAACAAGAUCGACAUUCCCUACGCGGCUUCCGAGGACGAGCUCCGUUACCAUCUAGGCCUCGCGGGCUGCACCACUGGCAAGGGCAGGGUGAGCUACACCGGCAGCAGCAUUCGCCCAGUCGAACUCUUCAUGUGCAGCGUAGUUCGCAAGAUGGGGUACGCUGAUGGCUUCAGGUGGCUGUCGCAGUACAUCAAGUAGUAGAGGUUUCGGCUGUCGC